AUGAAUCCUCGUGCAGACCCUUCCACCGAUCCGAAGUUCGUCCAAGGCAAGGAUGCCAUCAUCGCAUCCGAGCGUCACAUGUUCAUCGUCCUGAAAGUGUUUCGUGGGGGCAAGCGGCUCAAGGUGGCUGUGAUAGAGUCACACCAAGAUACUGGCCUGGCCCGCAAGUCAGGCAACAUCAAGGCCCUCUGCUUUUGCCUGCAGGAUGAAGACACCGCAGGCUUCGUCAACCUCACGCCGAACAGGCCUGUUCUCGUACACAUGUACAACCGCAACCGUCCAAUUGGGAACAAUGCUUCGAUCAACGUUACAAACACCACCACCAUCGCUCUUGACGAAGACAUUUACCUCAAGAUCGGUUAUUGCGAGGCAGCUGGCGUUCACGCCAUUGAGAAGUUGUGCUCAGAAGUCGAGGCGCAAGCGGCCACCGACUCCUACGAAGAGGAUCUUGGCGGUGAAGCACAUAACCCAUAUGCUAUUAUCAAGAGCCUACAGCAGCAGGUUCAGAACUUGGAAGGGAUGAAUCGGAACUUGGAAGAGAUGAGCGAUGUGUUCAAAAGUCAGAGAGAUGGGCUGAUGGAGAAGAUCAACGGCUCCAACAUCUAG